CUCAACUGCACCUACGUACAGCUUCCCCAGACUCGACUACGCCCGCCUGCGGCCUGAGGCACGACACGACGUCUUGGCAGCCCGCCGGUAGCUCACUUCCUCAAACCCUCCCACGACGCUCUCUCUACACUCCUUAUUGGACUCGGAUCGCCUUCCAGUCCAACCGCCUUUCAUUCUCAUCUCGCUGCCCCAAAUGCAUCGCGCAGCAGUGAGGGCCUUACGGACAACUUACCGAUGUACGGCUCGUAGUUUCGCACGCAACAGCCGACGAGGUCUCUUGGACCAUAACCUCUCCUCGUCCUACGCUACCCGCCACGGCCUGCGAUCCUCCUCCUCGUACCAACACCACCCCGAGCAUGCCGUCCAGCCGCUAAAGUCCUCCAUGUACAUCCGCCGCUUCUCCGUCGCCCUUGUGUCCACCCUCGUCGGCUACGGCGCCUGGUACUCCUACAACGGAACCGGUCUCGAUAAGGCAUCGAGCUUGACGAGGAGCUUCACCACCGCAUCCAAUGCCGGCGGCGAUGCUGCCCCGACCCGUUCUGUUCUCGUCGUAGGCGCUGAUCAGCUGCAUACCGGUACAUUUGUUGGAGAGGGGCCUAUAUCUAAGACGACUAGCGACGACGGCCGUAAGGUUAUCGAGAUGCUGACCCCGGAACAAGCUACCGAGAAGCUGCGCAAGACGGAGCAGUCCUUCCUUGUCAACAGAGGACAGGGCGUACUGCGUUACGACCUUGUCCAGCUUCCUAGCAACGACCCUAUUGAAGACGACCAUGCCGAGAAGAUAGUUGAGGUGCCGAACCAGGCCGCGGGUGCUGCCGGCAAGAGCAACGACUGGAUGUUCUGGGGCGUAUUUGACGGCCAUGCUGGCUGGACAACCUCGGCAAAGCUGCGCCAGACUUUGAUUGCCUCCGUUGCCAACGAGCUCAACCAGACCUACCAGUCAUCCGCUGACCUGUCCCCUGCGGCUGAUGCUAUCGAUACCGCCAUCAAGCUUGGUUUCACUCGUCUGGAUGACGAGAUUGUCAACCAGAGCGUCGAGAGAGUCCUCAAAGCCGGCUCGAAGACUAUGGCUGCAGAGCUGCUGGCACCCGCCCUGUCUGGUUCCUGCGCCCUGUUGUCUUUCUACGACAGCAGAUCCAAGCUUUUGCGAGUUGCCUGCACAGGCGACUCACGAGCAGUUCUCGGUCGUCGAUCUGCGUCUGGCAAGUGGACAGCUACCGCUCUCUCGGUCGACCAAACAGGAGGCAACCCCGAUGAGGCAGCUCGCUUGCGCAAGCUCCACCCUGGCGAGGACCGAGUCGUUCAUAACGGCCGAGUCCUUGGCGGUUUGGAACCGACCCGCGCAUUCGGCGAUGCUAGCUACAAGUGGAGCCGCGAGAUCACCAACAGACUUCGUGAAUCCUUCUUUGCCCGAUCCGCUUCCCCUCUCCUCAAGACGCCCCCGUACGUCACUGCCGAGCCUGUCGUCACAACCACAAAGAUUGAGCCUGAGAAUGGCGACUUUGUCGUUAUGGCUACCGACGGCUUGUGGGAGAUGCUUACCAACGAGGAGGUCGUUGGUCUUGUCGGCAAGUGGAUCGAGACUCAGGCCAGCGGUUCUGGCUCGCAGUUCGAUUCUACCUGGUCCAAGCUCUUCGGAUCCAAGAAGUCUAGUCUCCCCGUCGAGCAAGCGAGCGACAAGAGCGUCGAUGGCCAGAAGACGCCUAUCCGCCUACAGCAGUGGGGAAUUUCUCCCGACGCCCCCGAACGGUUCGUCGUCAAGGACAAGAACGUGGCCACGCACUUGGUCCGUAACGCCCUUGGUGGCAAGAAUGAAGAGCAGGUCUCCGCUCUGCUGACUCUGCCCUCCCCCUUCUCGAGACGCUACAGGGACGACUUGACGGUGCAAGUCAUUUUCUUCGGAAACGGUGAGAAGACGGGCUCGGUCAACCUCAACGAGGAGGCAACGGCCCCAUCGAAGCAGCAAGCCGUCAAGGCGAAGCUUUAGAGUGCGUCUUUGUUGAACGUGUCUCCGCAACGACCAUAUUACGGGACAUCAACAUGAGCGCACGUGUUUGUAUCUUGUCUGUAUGAAUUAGCUUUUCCAAAACCUCGCUGGCAGCGUAAGAGAAGAAGAAGAAUCGUGGAGGUUGGGUGGGUACGACGAGACAUUGCCGCCCAUUCGGCGCAAGAAGAGGUGCUGUUCCUGGGAAGCGAAAGACAGUUCACACGAUGUCGUCCCGAUCGAGGCAUCUAUCUGUUCAGAGAAAUCAAUGUUUGUUUAGCGAUAGAGUCAAGUCUAGUGUUUUCCAAUGAGAUUUGCUUGGCCA